AUGCUCCACUGGGCUCUUAUCGAAAGGAACGGAAAGUUUCGAAGCCGCGAAACCACCGGGAAAUUAUGGCGCCGUCGUCUCAGAUCAAGCGGCGGAAAACCCAUCAUACGCCAUUGCGCCGAACUUUAUCUUCAGCUGUUGUUUAGAGAGGAGUUUCAACAUCAACCAAAGGCUCAACUUGGGAUUGAAUUUAGGAUCCAACAGGCCAAGCAAGAUGGUAGCACAGCAUUCGAGAUGAAAAAGAUUAGAGAGUUGGGUGCCCCAAGCAAAGAAACAUGGCCAUUUCUUAUCUUACUGAACAACCUUUGUGUCCAAAAAGGAAGCCUUAUAUUCUAAGAACACUCUCUCUGAAAGAGUUGGCACCCUGUAAUUAAA